AUGGCUGUAUCCAGUCUUCGUCCCGUAAUCCCCCUCCCUCUUGGGACUGUUGAUCGCAAUGUCUCUGCUGAACCAUUGACUACCGCAGUCGAUAGGGCGGCUCUUGAGACAUCAAGCAAAAUCCUCGAUAUCAUCGGAAGGUAUCGCAUGAAGCAAGACGACAACCUCUACUCGCAUUCCGAUGAGUCAACACUCAAAUUCAUCGCUCUUAUCUACACCCACGUCAAGACUGGCAAGCCAGUUCCUAUGUGCCUACCGGCCUUCCCCUUCAAGUCGCCAAACUCGACCUCAAAGACAUUGGGGAAACUUCCUGAUAAGGGUGAAGAGAUUGCUCUUGCCCACCUCAACGGAUUAUGCAGUGCUAUUGGUGAUGUAUAUCCGCCCGGCGCCAAGCUUACUAUCAUUUCCGAUGGAUUAGUAUAUAAUGCAGACCUUCUUGGUGUCCCAGAUAGAGAUGUCUGGGCCUACGGCGAGACUCUUCGCUCCAUGGCAGCAGAGAAAGAAUUUCACAACAUCUCCUUCGCACGUCUUCGCGAUCUUGUUGAGAUUGAUCUACCGAAGGAUCUCGAGGAGAUGACCUAUGUUGCCAACGCGUCAAACUUUCGACGUGCACUCCUCAACACCUUCAGCAAGCCUGGCUGGAAUUGGGACGAAGUCCGCCAAUCGGAUGACCAGUGCAUGACUUAUCGUGGCUACAUCAAGUUUCUUCAAACAGAUUUGGAAACUGUUUAUCCGGUUGAUGAGAACCGGAGCAAGUCAAAGUAUAAGAGAGGCAUUGAGUAUAUCGCGAAGCAGAUGAUGGCUCGCGGAGAUGCCUUUGCCAAUGCUGUUCGACAAAAGUACCCCGACCAUGUUCGCCUAUCAAUCCAUCCCUCAACCGGCACUGUCAAGCUAUCUGUCAGCCUUUUGCCAACUGAGCAACUCUACACUACGCCCUGGCACUGCAGCGUAGCUUACAGACUGGAUGGUACUAUCAGAACCGGCAUGCGAUCUGAGUUUGACAACGACGAAAGCCUCGAACUAGUCUACGACAACACGAGACCUUCGUAUUACCGAGAGAAGUCAUCGCUUCUAUCAUGGGCAGAGGACAAGGGUGGCAUCGUGGUUGAUCCUAUGUACCCCGCUGGCCUGAUCAUUCGUCCUGCUAAUGGAGCUGGUUCCCUGACACUUGACGAUAUCGACACGAAGAAAGUCCGUGCUCUGUCAGAGAUCAACUCACCGGUUGUUCUCAAGGGAUUUGUCAAGAAACCUAACCGCGACCGCUUCAUUGAUUUCAGCUACCGAUUUGGAACGCCCUUACCCUGGAAGUUUGGGUUAUUGCUUGAAGUCAAGGACCGAGGACAUGAUGCUAGAGGUUUGAACAAUGUCCUUUCAGCGGAGCCUAUGCCGUUCCACUAUGAUGGCUUGUUCAAGGUUGUCAAGCAAACUGAUGAGGAUGGAAAUGAGAAGACUGUUUCGACUCCUCCCCAGUUCCAACUCUUCCAGGGUGCCACCUCCUCACCCCGAGACACUGGAUUCACCCUUUUCUCUUCAUCAACCCUAUUCUUCAAAUAUCUCCCGUCGUGGCUCAAGAAAGACAUUUCCAAGCUCACCUGGAGCGUAUCAACAUCAGCAUUCGACAACACCGUUCUGAGAGGUCUCCCCUUAGCUAUCGACCAUCCUACGACCGGUAAACGAUGCCUUCGAUACCACGAACCUUGGCCGCAGUCCAAGACGCGAUUUGAUGCUUCGGAUGUUACGAUCGAAGGGCUCGAAGCUACAGAGAGCGCUGCGAUUUGCGAAACCAUCGACUCGGUCCUGUAUGAUCGUCGGGUUGCGCUGUACUAUGCUUGGGAUAAGGGUGAUAUCUUGGUCAGCGAUAACAUCUUGAUGAUGCAUACCAGGAGUGAUUUCACCGCUGGCGUUGAUCGUGAGCUGUGGCGAAUUCACUUUGACUAG